CACACCCACACCCACACCUAAUCUAAUAAGGUGUUUCGCCGGAAAAGGGUUUAGAAUACCUUCAAUGGCAUCUUCUUCAACCUCAUACAAUAUUCAAAAGAGCAGCUUUACGUAUGAUGUGUUUUUGAGUUUUAGAGGUAAAGACACUCGUAGGACAUUCGUUGAUCAUCUCUAUUUGGCUCUGCAGCAGAAAAGCAUUCACACUUUCAAAGAUGACGAGAGAAUCGAGAAAGGGAAAAGGAUCAGUAGGGAGCUCAUUGAUGCCAUUGAAGACUCAAGAUUCUACAUUAUUGUUUUCUCCAAGAACUAUGCAUCUUCAUCUUGGUGCUUGAACGAGCUUGUAAAGAUUAUGGAGUGUCAGAAGAUGACUCAACAUACUGCUUACCCUGUCUUCUAUGAUGUCGAACCCUCCGAAGUCCGUACACAAAGUGGUGCAGUUGGUGAAGCCUUUGCAAAGCAUAAAAAGAAAAAGGCCACUGAGAAAUGGAGAGAGGCUCUAAAACAAGCAGCCAAUCUUUCUGGGUUUGGGUUGAAGAACACUGCUGAUGGGCAUGAAGCUAAAUUUAUCCAAAAAAUUGUUGAAGGGAUCUCACUAGAGUUACGCUCCAUCAAUUUCUGCGUUGAUGAAAAACUAAUAGGCAUGGGGACUCGGAUAAGAGAUGUUGUUUCAUCUUUGGACUUGGAAUCUGCUGAUGUUCGGAUGAUAGGAAUCAAGGGGAUUGGAGGUGGUGGGAAGACAACUUUGGCCAGAGCUGUUUUUGAUCAAAUCUCCAUUUGUUUCCAAGGUAAAAGCUUUGUUGAGAAUGUUAGGGAAGUCUCAAAAGCCUCGUUGUUUGGUUUGAAGUUGUUGCAAAAGCAAGUCCUUUCAGAUGUUUUAAAUGAUCAAGGCAUCACCAUAAGUAAUGUCUUUGAAGGAAAAAACAUGAUGAAAAAGGUGAUGUGUGGUAGAAAGGUUCUUCUUGUUCUAGAUGAUGUGGAUCAUAUAGACCAACUUGAUGCGUUAGCUGGUGAGCCUAAAUGGUUUAAGCCGGGAAGUAGAAUUAUCAUUACAACAAGAGAUGAACAAGUGUUGGUAGCACGUGUGAACUUGAUUCGUGAUAUCAAUUUGUUAUCGAAUAGGGAGGCAAUUUGCCUCUUGAGUAGGUAUGCAUUUGGACGAGAGAUUCCAAUUCAAGGGUAUGAAGAGCUAUCAGGACAGGUUGUACGUUAUGCUGCUGGUCUUCCCUUAACAAUAAGAGUGUUGGGUUCGUUUCUAUGCGGUAAAAACGAGCUUGAAUGGAAAGAUGCCCUAGAAAGACUAAAAACAAUUCCUUUGAAGGAAACUUUGGAAAAAUUGAAAUUAAGCUAUAUCAGUCUAGAAGAGGAUUACAAGGAAAUAUUUCUAGAUGCUGCAUGCAUACUGAAAGAUUGGGGGAAAGACGAAGCAAUCCGAGUGCUUGAAAGCUGUGGAUUUCAUGCUAGAAAUGGUUUAAAAGUUCUUGAGCAAAAAUCUCUCAUAACUAUUUUUAAAUCUGGACGCUUGGGGAUGCAUGAUCAUAUAGAAGAAAUGGGCCGGAAUAUUGUUCGUUGUUUGCACCCUGAUGAGCCUUACAGACAUAGCCGAUUGUGGAUUGACGAGGAAAUUAAAGAUGUGCUGGCUAAUGAUUUGGGAACUAAUGAAGAAACAAAAUGUAUAAAACUGAAGUUGGGGCAACUUGAUCCAGAAUUUGUUAUGAAAGGCCUUGGAAACAUGAAGAAACUUAGAUUCCUUCACAUGUCUUCUCAUGCCGAUGAACGUAGCAGUUGGGAGUUUGAUGAAGUUAGCCAAUAUUUUCCAAAUGCUUUACGAUAUCUGAGUUGGGGCUAUUACCCUUUUUGCUCUUUACCCAACACAUUUCAAGCUAACAUUCUUGUUACACUUGAAUUGCGUCACAACAAAAUUGUACAACUUUGGAAAGGGGAAGAAAGAAAGGUUCUUCACAAGCUCAGAUUCCUUGAUCUCAGUUAUUCGAAGUUAAAAACCUUCGACCUUGGGCUGACUCCAAAUCUCGAGACUUUAAUUCUUGAUCAUUGUGAGAAUUUGAUAGAAAUUCACAUUUCCAUCCCGUGUUUAAAGCUCAUAUCCUUCAAAGUCACUUUCUCUAAGCUGAGAACCCUUAAUCUUAGGCCGACUCCGAAUCUCAAGACAUUAUAUGUUAAGAAAGCGACUGAUUCUCUACAACUUCACAUGCCUGUUGAAUGUCUAAAGCUCAAAUACAUCUACCUUCGGCGUGUAAAGUGGAUGACCCCUGACCUGCGACAUACUCCAAAUCUUGAGACAUUAAAGCUUGUGGAUUGUGUUGAUUUGGUAGAACUUCUCAUGCCUGUUGAAUGUCCAAAGCUCAUAUCCCUCGAACUCACUCAUUUUGAGUUGAGAACCCUUGAUCUUGGGCUGAUUCCGAAUCUCAAGACAUUAUAUGUUCAAAAAUGGAAUGAUUUUGUAGAGCUUAACAUUCCUGUUGAAUGUCUAAAGCUCGAAUACCUCAACCUCCGAUGCGUAAAGUGGAUGACCCUUGACCUAGGACGAACUCCAAAUCUCAAGACAUUAGAACUUGUAAAUUGUGUUGAUUUGGUAGAACUUCACAUGCCCGUUGAACGUCCAAAGCUCAUAUCCCUUGAACUCACUCAUUCUAAGUUGAGGACCCUUGAUCUUAGGCGAAUUCCGAAUCUUGAGAAGCUAAGUCUCAGAAGAUGUCAUGAUUUGGUUGAACUUCAAAUGCCCAUUGAAUGUCUAAAUCUCAUAACCCUUGAUCUUAGUCAUUCAAAGGUGAGGACACUUGAUUUGGGGCCGACUCCAAAUCUCAAGAAUUUAUAUCUUAGAAACUGUUAUCAUUUGGUAGAACUUCAUGUUCCUGUUGGGGGUCUAAAAAAUCUUUCCAUCUUAGGAUUAAGUGGUUGUUUUGGUUUUACUAGUUUUGACUAUACGAAAAAAUUUAGAUGUUUUAAGUUUGGAUAUCUUGAGGUUGGUUCCUUAGCGGAGUUCCAUCUGAGGGCAGAGCUCCUAGAUAUAUGCCCGUUGCACUCCAAAUGUACUUUUCCGAAGUUUCAAUUUACAUGUUUCUUUGAAGAAGUUGUACCCUCAUUGAUUGGAAAUCCAGAGAAUACAUCUAUAGGCCUUCGUGCUUGCGCAAACCUUAUUAGUUUAUCUCGACGCAUUUGUGGUUUACAAUGUGUCACAAAGCUUACACUCGAGUUUAGCAUUCAAGAGGCGCCCAAGUACCUUGACCGGAUAGAGUGUCUAGAGAAGCUAAGUUUAUCGUUUACAGAUAUUAAACAUCUUCCAGACAGCAUUUGUAUGUUGAGACAUCUGAAAAUUCUUAGACUUGAAGAUUGUAAGCUUCUUGAGAAGUUAUCAGAGGAUCUUGGCCAAUUAGAAUGUUUAGAGGUUCUAUGGCUACAGGGGUGUACAAGUUUACAAGGUAUUCCGAACAACAUCUGUAAUAUGAAACGUCUAGAAUAUCUUAAUCUCAAUGGUUGUAUUCUAGUUGAGAAUCUUCCUGAGGAACUUGGAUGUAUAGAAUGCUUACAAGACUUAGACAUAGAAGGUACAAGCGUACGUCAUCUUCCGUUUAGCAUUGUUCUGUUGGAAGGUCUGCAUAUUAAGGGGUCUACAUUGCUUCACCAGUCAUGUACUUUUUCACGCGAUAGAGAAGAAUCAGUCUACGACACGUUCUACCACAGAGGCACCCAAAGCAAGAGUCUCCUCCGUGACCCUGAUCUUUGGCUUCGAAGAACGACUAUAGAGUUGGAUACAAACGCAAUGCGGCGGGAUGCCAAUUUUUUUUGUAAAUCCAAGGUCAAUUACUAUACCGACAACCUCGACAGUACGGAACAACAUGUGAUGGGGCAUUUCAAAGCUGAUAUAGCAAUUGAGGCUAGCGGAAAAGUUUCAAACACACCUCUCGCAUGA